AUGUCUCAAACCAAAGCCAUCUCCGAGCUGAAAGGUCACCCCGACCUCGAGGGCCGUCUGCAACUUCACGCAGCCUGCGAGUCGGGCACCGUGACCGACGACCACUUCCACAAGUUCCUCUCCGGCUCGUCGAACGCCUCGACCAAAGCGAGCGACCCCAAGGCCAUCGCCGAGGUCGACUGGGCGACCUUGAUCGCGAUCCCAAAGGUCGAGGAGCUGGGCAAGGCCUUCAACGGUAAAAUCCCCGGCCCGGACUCUGUCAAGGGGUUGUUUAGCAACGGUAUCCUUUACUACCGCAACCCGUCGAUCAUCGACGGGGACUGUACCAUCUGGGUGCAGCCGUAUGACGAGCUCUUCACCGUCGAUUUUUAUACCAAAGACGAUGUCCUCGCCGUGGCAAUUGUGGCUAACUCACCGCAAGCUUCCAUGAGCACCCAAUCAAUACAGCUGCCCUCUUCUACUUGGGUUGCAUCCGAUGCGGUCACUGACGGAGUAUCUAUUUCCCGCCAGUCUCUGAUUGGCGUUGAGCUCAAUUUUGGCAAGGGUGUAAGUUGUCAUGCCCGUUGGGCACUCGGUCGAGGCCGCAUGCCACCAUGGUCUUCUCGCUCACGCAUCCGCUCCCUUCAGGACAAGAACGGUGAGCCAGAUCAGACUUUGUCAGAAAGCGCCAUGAUCCCCCGGCCUCUGUGCUAA